GCGCUGCUUUGCGGUGGGGUUGUGAGGAGUUUUGUGUUCUAGCCGUAAAGCACAGACUGCCGCCGUUGGGAAGGGAGGGAAGUUUGAAGUAAAGCGGUGUUUUGUACGAGUAAGCGGCGGUAUGGAGGGGGAACGCGCUAUCCCUGGAGAGCUCUACCUCGUGGAUAAGGGGAUUCAGAGCUUGCUGGAGGUCUCCCCGAGCUCAGAGCUGCACACCCUCAAUGUGCACUGUAACCGCAUCACCAGGAUCGAAGGUCUGGGUCAUCUCUGGAACCUGCAACAUUUAGACCUGUCGUCAAAUCAAAUCCACCGGAUCGAGGGGCUAAGUUCCCUGGCUAAUCUGCGCACCCUAAGCUUAUCCUGUAACCUGAUAACGAAAGUGGAGGGACUGGAAAAACUCUGUAAUUUAACUAUGCUGAAUUUGUCAUAUAAUCACAUACAUGAUCUCUCUGGAUUUCAGUGCCUUCAUGGAACCAAUCAUAAGCUUAGCCAUAUUGACCUUCACAGCAACUAUGUAAACAAUAUUAAUCACUUAGUUCAGUGCACAAAGGGGCUGUGCAGUUUGACACAUCUGACACUGGAAAAAAAUGGAAAAGCCAAUCCAGUUUGUCACACAGCAGGUUAUAGAGAAAUUGUUCUUCAGAUGUUGCCACAACUAACAGCUCUAGAUGGAAGAAAUACUUCUGGUGACCCAGUGGGCCCAGCAGAAAAAAAAUGUUCAGAUUUGCAGUGUUUAGAAGACAUCUGGAGCUGUUUGGUUUCACCUGGGUGUCCCUCAUCCAAAGAUCAGAGCUAUGUUAGCUUACCAGUAGUGACACCACAUAUCGACCAGGCAUUAGCUCAUUUCCAUCAGCGUACAAAAAUACCAGAACAAAACUCCAUCAGCUCCUCUACAGAGCUUGUCUCAUCUUCAGAACCAGAGAAGGCUGAACUUGUUAAAAUAUACAGUGAGAUGAGAAUUAAAAAAAUGGAAGACCAGAUUUCACAGAUACUGCAAAAGGUAUCUGAUGCCUCAGGAAGGGAAGCUUCUCCAAGUGGUCUCAAAGCUAAGAGAGACACAGAUCCAACUUCUGAGAGCGAAAUUGAGAGCAGGAAAGAGAAGAAUAGAAAGGUUACAAAAAGAAGCAAGCUCUCUGCUUACCAUAGAACUACAUUACCUACGAGGUGUCAUGUGCAUCCCCUCAAGAACAAAGUAACUGACAGGGAAGAGAAGAAGAGUUCCUCAAAGUGUUCAUACUCCAGUCAGACAGACUCUCAUCUCAGUUCAUCAUCAAAUACUCGAUACUUGGAAGUAGUGGGAAAGAAAGCUGAAAUGCUAACUGGAAGACAGAACAAUAUAGAAAAAGUAGAAGAAAUUAAUUCAAAUGCCACAGAGGAAUCAACAUACCGAGUGCUGAUUCAGGAACUGGAUCAGGAGAAAGAAAGGAGGCGGAAAGCAGAGCAAGCAGAGAAGAAAUUAAUAGAGCAUGUCAGAGAGCUACAGAAACAUGCAAAAGAAGAAAAGAGUCUUCAGAGUAUGGCUGUAUACACUACAGACAGGCUAAAGGAACUGAUAUUGAAAGAGAGAAAUAAUAAAGCAAGACUGCAAGCAGAUGUACAACAGUUGAAAGGUGAAACUGAAAGACUUACUAAUGAGUUAAAUCAGGCAAGAAAUAAAGAAGCAGAAUAUCAGAAGGCCAUACAAGCUUUAGAAGAAACGCUAUCUAAGAAGGAGACACAGCGACUGCAGCAACGAACAACAGAGAUGAAACGGGUGCAAGAAGCAGAGCUUAAAGCGUCAGCAAAUGAAAGGGAAGUACAGUUACUUCGAAUAUCCUUCCGACAACAGAAGGAGAAGGUAAAACAACUACACGAACUUCUUAUAUUAAGAGAGCAAGAGCAAAGGAAAGAACUUGAAACCCGAGUUGCUUUAAAUGGACCUGAAUUUCAAGAUGCUUUGUCAAAAGCAGUGGCUAAAGAGGAACAGAGGCAUGAACAGCAUGUUAAAGAGUUUCAGGAGAAAAUUAAUAUGUUAAACCAGAAGUACAAAGAAUUAGAAGAUGAAUUUCGUUUGGCUUUAAUUAUUGAAGGAAAAAGGUUUAAAGAGGUGAAAGAGGGUUUUGAAAAUGUUACUGCUGAUCUAGCUGAACAUAAACAAGCUGUCUUUGAGUUUGAACAAAAGGAAAAAGAGAUGACAAGUGUGAUCCAAGACCUUACAAGCAUAGUGAAAGAACAGAAAGCAAAGAUAGCAGAACUAACAAAAGCAAAGGAAGAAGCUACAGCAAACCUAAAGUGUCAGACUGGAGAACUUGAAACUGUAGUCAAGGAGGACAAACAGAAGGCUGCCCAGGUUGAGCUUCUGAAAAAAGAAAAUGGAAAGCUUAUUUCCCAGCUGACAGCCCAGGAAUCUGUGAUUGAUGGGUUAAAAAUGGAAAGAAAAAUAUGGGGGCAGGAGUUGGCACAACAGGGAGCUCAUCUUGCUCAAGAUCGGGGAAAACUGGAGGCAAAAAUUGAAGUUUUAACGAAUGAGAUUGAAAUGUUAAAAAAGCAAAAGGAACAGGACAGUGAUACUAUAAGAAUUAAAAACAAAAUAGUGGAUGAUCAGACAGAAACAAUUAGGCGAUUAAAAGAAGGCUUACAAGAAAAAGAUAAACAAAUCAGAAAACAGCACGAAGAAAACCUGAAAGCUCAAAAAUGUUUUCAAGUACAGUUGGAUGAAAAAGCUGCUGAAAUUGAAGAGCUAAUGGAAAAAAUAGAAAGGCAAAAUGGAAGAAAAGAGGAAUUAAAGCAACUGCUAGAAAAGAAAGAAGUAGAACUUGAUGACAUUAAGGAUGCAUACAGUGCACUGAAAAUUAAGUGGCAAGGUAAAGAAGAAAUAUUAAGUCAGCUGGAGGUGCAGGUUAAACGAAUGAAGGAGAACUUUGAUAUCAAAGAGAAAAAGCUGAUUGAGGAGAGAGAUAAAAGUCUUCAAACUCAGAGUGAGGAAACUCCAUGUUACAAUUACAUGAUAGAGACUCUCUACAGGCAUCACACAUGCUGGCUGGAGUCAUGUAGUGAAGGUGCUUGCACACGAGGCACGGUCUGCAGCAGGGUUUCUUUGAGCAUGAGCCUGUAACCCUUCCAGCUCGUGACCUGGAUUCGUGGGUUGCAAAUCACAGGUUGAUGCCUGUAGCCAGCACUUGGGCUUACAAGAGAGGCCACGGUAUUUCAUUAUGCAGGAUGAUGGAAAUAGCUUGUGUACUUUAUAGGAAAUUAAGGGCAGAUCCUCAAUAUUUAUCACAACAAUACUAAUAAAUCACAGAAUCACAGAUUCGUUUAAGUUGGAAAAGACCUUUAAGAUCAAGUCCAAACGUUAACCCAGUACUGCCAAGUCCACCACUAAAUCAUAUCCCUAAGUGCCACAUGUAUGCACGUUCACCCUUUUGGUGAAGAAAUUUUUCCUAAUAUCCAGUCUAAACCUCCUCUGGUGCAAUUUGAGGCCAUUUCCUUUCAUCCUAUUGCUUGUUACUUGGGAGGAGAGACCAACACCCACUUUGGAACAUCCUCCUUUCAGGUAGUUGUAGAGAGGGAUGAGGUGCCCCCUGAGUCUCUUUUUCUUCAGGCUAAACAGCAGUUCCCUCACAAACACUCUUUUUUCACCAGGCAGCUUUCCAGCCUCUCUUCCCCAAGCCUGUAGCAUUGCAUGAGGUUGUUGUGGCCCAAGUGCAGGACCUGGCACUUUGCCUUGUUGAGCCUCAUGCUAUGGGCCACAGCCCAUUGAUCCAGCCAGUCGUGACCCCUGUGCAGAGCCUUCAUAUGGUCAAGCAGAUCAACACUCCCAUG